GUCGUAACCGGGAACUUCACCCAAUAGUUUUACUCUCCUGAUCUUGGCUUUCAAGGCUGGUGAACACGACUACCUGAAUGUCGCUCGCUCGUAAACGUAAUCGGCCGGAAGAUUGGGGUGAGCUAGAGCCUUCCCCUGUCAUCCACAUAAGUGAAUUACCGGAGCACACGUUGGAAAUUGAUUUGUUAAAAGUGUUCGAACAGUAUGGUUCCGUCAGGGACAUCACGAUUAUGCCCCAAAGAGGCCAAGCGUUGAUCGAAUUUUACGAUGUUGCGUCGGCCGAGAAGGCUGUGCAUAGAUGCACAGAAAGUCCGUUAGUCUUUUCGAACCACCGCGUCCGAGUACACUAUAGCACCUCGAAGCACAUUAUUCAACGGCAAGCUGCGAGCGAACCCGGCAGGGAUCAUUCUGAUGGUCCCAUGGAAAGUCGAGUGCUUCUCUUCACCGUAUACAAUGCGCAGUACCCGAUAACAGUUGAUGUCAUAAAUCAAAUCGCUUCGCGGCAUGGCCGAGUUUUGCGCAUUGUCGUCUUCCAAAAGACUCAUGUUCAGGCUAUGGUUGAAUUCAAAACAACUGACGAUGCACGGAACGCUAAGCAAAAUCUAAACGGGGCAGAUAUCUACUCCGGUUGUUGUUCCUUGAAAAUUGAAUUUGCACGUCCUACAAAGCUUACCGUGGUGCGAAACGAUCAUGAGACAUGGGAUUUCGAAAAUCCAAACCUGCCCAUGGACAAUGGCCGUGUGCGUGCUAGUGCUGGGCGGGCUAACGUUUCACUGUUAGGUCGUUUUGUCCGUAACUUUGAAAACGGACGUUCUCAGAAUGGUGAUGCUCUUGGGUAUCGUGAGGGUUAUUCCAGACAAGGCACUUCACUGCCUUUGGGCGCCCCCGGAGGCACCCUUCUAGACCAACUUGGUUUGUCAGUUCAUCCUUCUCUUGCUGGUAUCAGCGCGGCCGACGGGCCAAAUCUGCCCUUCACAUCUACCGCGGUGGUCAUGGUCUAUGGCUUGGACUCCAGCCGUAUGAACUGCGAUCGAUUGUUCAAUUUAUUAUGCCUGUACGGCAACGUCAUACGCAUCAAGUUUCUACGUACCAAAGAGGGGUCCGCUAUGGCUCAAAUGGGGGACGUCAUCAGCGCUGACCGUGCUAUUAGAAACUUGUCUGAGAUUCCUCUCCUAGGAAACAAGAUGCAAAUCCGGCCCAGCAAACAACUCGUUAUUCUCGAUGUGCCUAAGCCUUUUGAGCUUCCUGACGGAUCGCCUUCAUUCAAAGACUACACGGGAUCGCGUGAAAACCGGUAUAUCAAUCCUGAAAAGGCUAGCAAAAAUAGAAUAUAUCCACCAUCAAACACACUUCAUUACUGGAAUUGUCCCCCUGGAUUUUCUUCCACUGAAGUUUCUCAAGUGUUUGUUGAUGCCGGCGCAACAGCACCCGUUCGGAUUGCGGAAUUCUUCACCUCUAACGAGAGAUCCUCGUCUGGACUGGUAGAAUGGAACGACAUAGCUGACGCCGUCAAUUCUCUUGCUUACGCCAAUCAUUUCUCCAUUCCAAAUUCCAAAGGACGCUUUCCAUUCAUAUUAAAGUUAUCAUUUUCGAACGCUCCAGUGCAAGACCGUUCUCACACUGGAUCUCGAAGGCCGGUCUCACAUAAUUUGAAGAAAGCUAACAGCCCUGUUGUCGAAUCUGGUUACCGCUAGUGACCGAUGUUCAUUGCAGCUCUUUACAAUACACGUUGGGCCGGGCUACAUUCUCACUUCUGAAUAAUUGGUGUUCCUAUUGGUUCCUUCCGGUUCUCGUCGCAACCAGUACCUGAGUUCCGCUCUACAAUUGUUGACCCCGACUGCGAGCACGGUUCUGCAAUUGCCAAAACCAUUUUCGGUGAGCUCGUUCCUUUUCUCCUUUGAAGUGUGUUUUUGCAACUAUUAUUUUGUGAUAUUUUAUGGCUCGCUCAGGUACUACCAUUUUCGACAGCUAUGUGACACGAAUUGUCACAUCGCUGUCUGUCCUCCCGUCCUAUUUGAUGGCCCUCCUUUUUGGUUUGUCUCGUUAGAGUCUAGGUAGGUAGGUACUCUUCCUAGGGACUUCGCUUUCCAGUUCAGAGCCACUCUUUCGAGACCAAAUAUAAGCCUGUAAGUCUCUUUAGCAGGAGAUCGUGACCCGACUGGACCAACCAGCGAGUACGCGAAUAAAACAGCUAUUCCACGACUUGUAUCUUGGAGACGCAUGUCCAUCCACCCUAUUGAACGAGAUGAAGAGACUCUUCGACUCGUACUUGAUGGAUGAUUUCAUUCUUCUGGAGCUUUAGCUUCAGCACCUACGCGCGAUAGUUCAAGCUAUCGUCAUAUCUGCCAAGGUCUCUUACUCUAUCCGCGUGACUGACUGAUGCGAUCAUGUAUCAUCUUCCUAAGAAGAAGACUGCGCAACACCACCCGCUACA